AUGACUAUUGCAAAAGAAGUUACCUCAUCAGACGAGGUAAAAGGCGCACCAGUAGUUCCAUAUUAUACUCCGGAUCAACCUGUUAGAGCAGGUACAUUUUACCAAGAUGAAUCUAAUCAAGACCAAGAGCCACCGGCACUUUUCAAACCUUUAAAAGUUGGGCCACUCACAUUGCAAAACAGGAUCGGUGUUUCGCCAAUGUGUCAAUACUCAGCCAAUGACAAAUUUGAAGCAACGCCAUAUCAUUUGAUUCAUUAUGGUGCUUUGGUCACUAGAGGUCCCGGAAUCACUUUUGUUGAAAGCACAUCAGUAAGUCCAGAAGGUGGUUUGAGUCCUCAUGAUUUAGGAAUUUGGACUAAAGAGCAAGCUGAAAGUUUAAAGCCGGUUGUGGAAUAUGCUCAUUCACAAAAACAACUAAUUGCUAUUCAAUUAGGACAUGGUGGUAGAAAAGCAACUGGACAACCACCUUUUUUGCACUUGGAGCAAGUUGCUGAUGAAUCCGUUGGCGGAUGGCCAGAUAAGACAGUAGCUCCAUCAGCUGUAGCGUUCAGACCCCAUGGUAACUACCCCGUACCUCAUGAAUUAAGCAUCAAGGACAUCAAAAGAAUUAUCAAGGAUUUUGGUGAAGCAGCCAGAAAAGCAGUUGAAAUAAGUGGGUUUGAUGCUGUUGAAGUACAUAGUGCUCAUGGAUACCUUUCCAAUGAGUUUUACAGCCCCAUUUCAAAUAAGAGAACUGAUGAAUAUGGCGGUAGUUAUGAGAACCGUGUUAGGUUCUUGUUGGAGGUUAUUGAUGAAAUCAAGGCCAAUAUCGAUAUCAAGAAAACUCCAAUCUUUGUUAGAAUCUCCGCUGUUGAGAACAGUCCUGACCCAAAUGCAUGGUCAAUUGAGGAUUCAAAGACCUUGGCUGAUUUAUUGAUUGAAAAGGGUGUCAGUUUGCUCGAUGUAAGUUCAGGAGGAAACGAUUACAGACAAGCAGCUAGAUCUAAUAUUGAUGCUAAACAAGAUGAGCCAGUUCAUGUACCAUGGGCACGUGCAUUGAAGCAACAUGUUGGUGAUAAGUUGGUUGUAAGUUGUGUUGCUGGAUUGGAUAAAGAUUCUCACCAAUUGAAUCGUUUUGUUGAAGAAGGCGAUUUUGAUUUAGCAUUAAUUGGCAGAGGCUUUUUAAGAAACCCAGGUUUGGUUUGGAGUAUAGCUGAUGAGUUGGGAGUUAGAUUGCAUGAAGCAUUGCAAUUAGCUUGGGGAUUCUGGCCAAACAAGCAACAAAUUGUUGACUUGAUUACUAGGACUGAAAAAUUGAACACCAAGGAUUAG